AUGGCGUUUCGGAUAACCACCUGGAACGUCAAUGGCAUCCGAAAUCCUUUCGGCUAUCAACCUUGGAGAGAAAAGAGAACCUUUCAAGCUAUGUUUGAGAUUCUCGAAGCAGACAUCGUGGUUAUGCAAGAGACCAAGAUCCAGCGAAAGGACCUUCAAGAUGACAUGGUUCUCGUCCCAGGUUGGGAUGUCUUCUUCAGCUUACCGAAGCACAAGAAAGGAUAUUCUGGCGUCGCUGUUUACACACGCAACUCAAAAUGCGCGCCUAUUCGAGCAGAAGAAGGCGUCACUGGCAUCUUGACGGCUCCCAAGUCUACAACCAGAUACCGCGACCUCCCUGAAGACCAGCAGAUUGGCGGUUACCCCCGACCCGAUCAACUUGAGGGCAUCAUCGACGAGGCGACUCUUGACUCUGAGGGCCGCUGUGUCAUUCUUGAGUUUCCAGGUUUUGUGCUCUUUGGAGUUUACAGCCCUGCAACCCGAGAUGAGACUCGUGAUGACUUUCGCACUGGUUUCUUCCAAGCACUGGAAAUGAGAAUACGGAACUUGGUCGCCGCAGGCAAGCAGGUCAUCCUUACCGGUGAUUUGAACGUCGUCCGCUCCGAGCUUGACUCAACCAAUGUUUCAGAGACACUACGCAAGGAAGGGAUUGAUCUCAGCGACUGGAUGAACGCACCUGUGCGGCGCAUCUUCAACCAACUCAUAUUUGAGGGAAGUGUGCUAGGCGAAAGAGAUGAAGGCCGUGAAAAGCCUGUUCUCUGGGACCUCUGUCGUUGCUUUCACCCAGAGCGAGUGGGGAUGAACACAUGUUGGGAUACCAAGCGGAACACACGACCUGCAAACAACGGCAGUCGGAUCGACUACGUCUUGUGCAGCGAUGGCAUCAAGAGCUGGUUCAACUACACCAAUAUUCAGGAGGGAUUGAUGGGGUCUGACCAUUGCCCAGUCUUUGCGACUUUGUCGGACAAAGUGACUGUGGGCGACAAAGAGUGUGCGUUGCUCGAGAUGAUGAACCCCCCGGGUAUGUUCAACGGGGACGAGCGUCUUCGAGACUGGACCCCAAAGGAUCAUCUUCCUUUGUCUGCGAAGCUGAUACCAGAAUUUGACCGCCGGCAGAGCAUCCGCGACAUGUUCACAAAGAAAGCCGCCCCUCCACGAGAGUCGACGAGGACAGGCACACCUGCAGAACCCUUGAAGAACGGAAAUAGUAGCGCCUCGGGGUCACUCGACAAGGCAGAGGAAGCUUCAGGGUCACCGACCAACGCCUCCUCCACACCGAGGCUGGGCGAGACGACCAACUCAACCAAGCUUUCAGCAUCCCAGCCUAGCUCCAAAAGACCUGGAACGGCCGCUGACACGGCCAGUCGACCAUUCAAGAAGGCCAAGUCUUUUACAGGCGCCAACGACACCAAGAGCAAGGCGGCGCAGGGCCAACGAACAUUACAGGGAUUCUUCAAGCCAAAAGCUCCCGCGGCUCAAGAUGGCAAGGCAGAGCUAGUAGCGGCAAGUUCGACGCCAUCUACAACAAAGAAACCUGCAGUAUCAGGGAAAGCGCCAGCAAGCGCGCAGAGACUAUCGAAUACCCCGCAGGCUACACUUACAGAAAAGUCAUCACCAACAGUCCCUCUACGCGGCAAGGAUCCCGAAUCCUCGGACAGGGUGUUUGACCCGAUCGAGGCAAAGGAGUCGUGGUCCAAGCUGUUGGGUAAGAGGGUUGCACCAAGAUGUGAACACGACGAACCCUGCAUCAGCUUCACCACCAAGAAGCCCGGAGUCAACUGUGGUACGUUAUACAGCGGCAGCUGA